GCAGUCGGAAGUGCCUUGGCUGUGGCCUCCAGCACGGCUGUGGCGCGUUGGUGGGUCUUGCCGCCGCCUCUUUCUGCAGCCUCUCCCGGGCGAGCCGCGCGGGGAGAACCAUGUUGGCCUCCAGGUCUCUCCUCAGGGGCGUCGCGGCGGCGCGAGGGGUCACUGCCCAGGUUUCAUCGUCUUUUGCCACAGGGCCCAGACAAGAUGAUGGCACGUUCUACGAGUUUCGUACCUAUACUGUUAAGCCAGACAAGAUGAAAGAUUUUCUGGACUUGGCCAGUAAAAACAUUCACCUUCGCACAGCUCAUUCCCAGAUGAUUGGAUAUUGGACCUUAGAGGCGGGUGGACUGAAUAAAGUUUUCCAUAUUUGGAAGUAUGCGAGCUUUGCACAAAGAACUGCUGUCCGGACAGCACUAAGUAAAGACCAAGAAUGGCAGGAAAAAUACCUGUCUCAAAUGCUGCCCAUGUUAGAUAAACAAGAGAAUGAAAUUGGUUAUCUGGUGCCCUGGUGUGAACUUGGCAGCCCUCAAAAGGAUGGAGUCUAUGAGUUGGUUACCUUCCAGAUGAAACCUGGUGGACCAGCAGUGUGGGGACAAUCCUUUAAAGCAGCAAUUAGCGCUCAUCUAAAGACAGGAUACACUAAGCUGAUUGGUGUCUUCCAUACAGAAUAUGGACUACUUAACAGAGUUCAUGUGCUUUGGUGGAAUGAGAACCCUGACAGUCGUGCAGCUGGAAGACACUAUGCCCAUGAGGAUCCCAGGGUGGUCGCAGCUGUUCGGGAAAGUGUUCAGUUCCUGGAAUCACAGCAGAACAGUCUUCUGGUGCCUACAUCAUUCUCACCGUUGAAAUAGUUUUCUAUACUUAAUCAUGCGGGGAGAAAGUACUUUUCUAUGAUACUGUUAAGCAAGCUUGUGAUAAUCUAGCCAUAUUUCUCCCGGUGUACAAAACUGGAUACAAACCCAAUCUACAUGCUCUGUUUUUGCUUGUAACAAUAGACUUAUCUGCCUUGUUGGAAGUGGAAUGCAUGAUCGUAGAGAGCAUGACCCAUCUACUAAAUGAGAAUCCAAAGGUUACUAGAGCUUUUUAAAUAUAUAAAAAAGCAGCUUCUAUAAAUUCCUUAUCCUAGGCUUCCCUCCUUGUAUACUUAAAGUAUAUGAAAACAGGGCAAUAGCAUAAAGGAUACGAAGGCUGGAAAUAGAGCUGAAAGUGAUUUGAGAGAGGCUGUGAUUCUCAGGAUCUACGCAUGGUUCUUUUGCCCAAUUGCCUAGUCAAACCAUUUUUGCUAGGACUUGAAACAAACUGAGAAGAGUGGUGGGCACACGCGUACACACACACACACACUGAUGCAUUUUUCAGACUGCCUGCAGCGUACUGAAAACACUACUAUCAGUCUUCAUCUAAGUUGUUCUAAAGCUCAAAAGCUACAUCAGCCCAAGGGUCACAUGCAUCCAAUACAGUGAAGAUACACAGUUCCAUCACUGGCCUAAAGAAUAGAUUUUUUUAAAAAAAUCAUGAACCUUCUGGCUGCGGUUGGGCUAAAAUUGGGUCAAAAAAGCCCUUGCAAUACAGUUUAAGUAGUGGUGGAAUUAACAUUGUUUUAAAAAUCAUGAGGAUGAAUUCCUUUUCCUUUCCAAACAUUUUUAUGGUAUAUGAGAACUCACCUGUCCAUUUCGGUUUAGGACCCAGAGUGGUUUUCCUGUCCUUUUCAGUACAGGGGGCGGGGGGGGGGGGAAUCAGAUAAAUCUUUCCAUGUACACAGAGCUAGCACCAGCUUCCUUAAAUGCUGAAACUGUGAAUAAACUGGUUGUUUUUUUAAAGCGUCUGUGGCAAAAUUCAUGUCUGUUGCAUAUUAUGUGGCAUGUGCAUGCUUGCACAUUUGGAUCUAAUACCAAACAGCAAUUCUUAAAAUGUAAAUGCUGAAAUGUAAACAUUAAAAAGGGCUUUCUAAAGUUUAUUCAUA